AGGUUGGACAGCAUUUGGACUUGGAAUGAAACACUAAGAGGUUACAUUCAUGGAUAACCAACAAGAUAAGGCUGUUGUUGCCUCAGCCAAUGGAGAAAACACUCUGAAUAAUGGGGUCAAAGAAAAUGACUCAGAGAACCAGGAUAUGGCAAUGAAGUCAUUUGCAGCUCUAGAGGCUGCUGCACCUGUACAGCCUAUACCCAUGGUUCAAAAAGAGACCCUGAUGUAUCCCAGGGGUCUCUUGCCUCUGCCCUCCAAGAAACCCUGUAUGCAGAGCCCUCCCUCUCCUUUGGACCUGAUUGAAGCACCUGAGCAUGCUGCUAAUAGUGCUUCUGUGAAUGCCAUCUCCCUUACAUCUGGUGUUGGAAAAGGCCUAAACACAUGGUCACUGCCCAAUGAGUGUGAGAAAGCUUCAUUUGCCAUAAUGGAGCCUGCAGGCUUGUCAGCUCUGAAUGGGGACUGCCUCAUGCAGCCAAGCCGGACUUGCUUGGGCUGCUUCAUGGAAUCUAAGGAUACAGUAGAUCCUGAGCCAGGGAUCAGUCUAAAAGUUGGUGAUCUAAAUAGGGAUUAUGAAACUUGUGCAGUCUCUGAUAUAGGGAUUCAGUGUAUUAAUGCUGGAGAAAAUAUGAAAUACGGAGAGCAGCUGCUCUCAGACCAGCUUCUCAGCUUCCCCCUACACAAAUCAAGGGCAGGAGAUAGACGAGAAGCUGAGAAACCUGACAUCGACUUGGAGGAUCCAGCUCAGAAAAGUUAUUAUGAGGCAUUACUGUUAGAUAAGUGCAACACGGAAGAAGCUUUGCUGGCAAAUUCCAAUCAGGAUUGGGGUUACUUUGAGACUUUUAUUAGUGAGAGUAAGAUUGAACUUCUUGACCUAUGUUCUAAGAAUGAGCUGUCUGUCAACCUAUUCUCUGAAGAAGAUGUGGAUAACUACAUGUUUGAUGAUGAUGAGUCAACACUGGGCAGUGAUGUCUGCUCCUUGAAAAUUCGAUAUGAGUCCUUCCAGGACAAUGUCCGAGACAAGACUACCCUUCUGAUGCAGGAGGAUGCACAAUUCAACUUUUUCCCCAGUGUAUUUACUACCUGCUCCAAGCGGGAGUGUAAAAGUGGGGCCCUGAAGCAGAACAGCGAUCUUUCCCAAUUCAAGGUCCCUGAUGUGAGCAUCAUCUGGGGAGAGGAAGAUAAAAAUCUAGACAAAAAGAAAGGCAAAGGAGAAGGGCAGGAAAAUAAAGAUGUAGAGAAAAAUGAUGGAAAGGAAAAUGGAGAAAAGUCUGCCUUAAAUAAACCAUGCAGUGGGACUGAGGAAGGGCAAUUUAAGAAUCCAAAACAAGGCCAUCUUGCCAAUUCCUUGGAGUCAUCAGGGAAUUUCAGUGAUGACAGUUCCUUCAUUGAAGUCUCUUAUGAUGCCAUGGGAGAGAUCAAAGACUGUAGCCGCUAUAUGGCUCGGGAUAAUAAUUCUGGUGGCUCCUCCACCCAGCAGAACUAUGGGCUGCGAGUAAAGAGAAAAGUCAGGUACAGUGAAGAUUAUCUAUAUGAUGUUGACUCACUAGAGGGUGAAAAAGUAAAUGAGAGGAAGGAAUGGAUUCCAGGUGGUUCCAAAGAGGAAGAUGAUGAUGAAUGGUGUCCCAAGAAGAGAAGAAAAGUAACCCGGAAAGAGCCCCCUGUUAUUAUCAAAUACAUUAUCAUCAAUCGCUUUAAAGGUGAGAAGAACAUGCUAGUGAAGUUGGGUAGGGUGGAUGCUAGUGAGACAACAGUGAAUUUGAGUGAGCAUCAGCUAAACAAAUAUGCCAAGCUGGCGCCCUUGAAGGGCUUCUGGCAGAAGAAGAAGAAGCAGAGAAACAGCAGCACAGACUCCAACAAGACACACUUAUGCCCAAAGCAAAUCUUUGAAUCAGGUAGCUUUGAGGUGUCAUUCCUGCCACCUGCUCGCAAACGAAAAUAUAAACUUGGAAACAGGCACAGGAUUCAAAGAAUCCCAUCCAUGGAAACUUCAGCAAGUGCUAAGCAAAUUUCAUUCUACAAUGAUCAGAGGAAAGCUAUUAGUCUUAAAGAAGAUGGAAGCCUGAAAGAUGCACAGAAAUCACCCCCUCUGGCUGCUCCCAGCUGUGCAAAUGGAUCACAUUUAAAUAACAUCACAAGCCCUGACUCAAUGAAAUUCAAAGCCCAAGAUGCAGAAUUUAAGGGGCCAGAGAGGAAAGUGCUCAACAAAAUCAAAUUUAAAAGUGAAGCCAAAUUAAAAUCUAAGAAAAUCAAAGCUGGGCAAGAAAGCAAGCCAGUUGUUCAAAUGAGUCCACUUUUGGAAGACAGAUCCUCCAAGACUAAUUUAAAUAAUGAAGCUAUUCCUGGGACCUCAAACAGUUCCCAUCUAUCUGAAUUUCGUGAGGCAAAGGCUGCUAAGAAUUCUACUUUCCUACCAACAACCUGCUCUUCUGAAAUGCCUCUAUCAUCUGCUAAUGUUACCACCAAUAUACCUGUUAUCCCUGGAGGGUAUCUACAGACAUUGUUAGAUGCUUCUGACUUGUCAAAUAAUAGUGCUAUCUCAUACUUCACUCACCAUUCCCCAGAACAAAAUGAAGGCAGCCUCACUCAUACAGAAAAAUCGUUUGUACCUCUCCAAUCUGACCAGGACUGUGUGCUUUCCUCACCUUCUGAGUCUGAGCUACAGCAGUCAUCCCAAAACUUCAAAAUGGAAUCAAGCAACUAUGGAAAUAUGUGGCCCAACAAGCCUACUUCUGGUCCCCAGGAAUUCAUAGCUGAAGUCUCAAGGGAGACAGCCCCAACCCAAUCCAGUGAAUUUGGAGUCUCCCAGGUAGUGUCCAUGGAAAAUAACCUCACAGCUGCAACAUACAAUCCAAUCUGCCUCAAUAGCGGUGAUGGUGGUUGCAACAAGGUCCUAUAUGCCUCUGUGCAAGACACCCAUCUUCCAUCUGAUGAGUCUUAUCAAUUAUGCCACUUUAAUAAUGGCGAGAUCUGCUUUCCUUUCCAUCAAGACCCAGUCAAUAUAGAUGAUGGUAGACUAUUUAGCUUUGAUUCCAUGGCCCCACUCUCUGUCAAUUCAAGCAAUUAUUGCUCCUUACGCUUGAAGUCCUGUGAAAAGGAUGCUGAUGAGGAUAUCACUGAUAACUUCCUGGCUCAUUGUAGCCCCAAGCUGGUGAUCCAGCAGAGCAUUGAUGAAAUAGCACCACUAAAGGAAUCCACUGAUCUCCUGGAUAUCUCCAACUUCACUCCUGACAAAUUCCGCCACUCUUCCCUCUCAGAGAUGUCCCCACCAGACACCCCCAGUAUUUCCCCUCAAAUUACCAGAUGUGACAGUACAAAGAUGCUAGGAACACUGAAGGGAUUCCAAGAGGGUGUCCCAGGAUCACUGAGCAAUAUGGACAAGAUCAAGUGGGACUGCACUACCCUUCCACAACAAGUCCAAGUGGAGGAUGGAUUUUCUUUAAAUAGUCAUCAGUUUCAGUUCCAUAUGUUCAAUGAUGAUGAUUCUGUCAGCCUGCUCCAAAAAAACCCUGGCUUAUCAACAUUUGAUGAUCCAUCUGAUAAAAUGAAUGCCAAUAACAAAGUGUUGAAAUCAAGAAAGAAAAGUUUUCCCAACAAGAGUGGGUCUGUGAACCAAAGCUCUUCUCAGAAAAAUACCAGGAAAAAAUCCCCCAAAACCACCACCAAAGGGAUUGAAAAGCCAUCUGGUAAAACCUUCCGCCAGGUCCCUAAGUCAAUAAAGAAAGGGAAAUACAUAGCUGCAAUCAAUGGAGAGAAAAUGCAAAUUGGCAUUGGCCACGAGAGAGGUCAAAUCAACAGCCUAUGCUCCACAGGGAAGACACUAACCGAAUGUAUCCAACAUGGUGGUCUUGGGGCCUCUAUGAAGAUGCCAAAUCAGAAGGGACUUUCUGGAGGUUGGGCUUUGGGUAAAGAGAGCAGCCCAGGCUGGAGCAACAUGAGCAUGGGCACCAACACCAACAGCCUCCUAGAUGAUGACCAGCGGGAGUUUCAGGAACCUUCUUAUAUUUUGUCCAACAUUGCCUCUGGUAUGGCAGAUGUGCAGAGAUUCAUGAUGGCCUCCAUAGAGCCACUAUGGGAGCCCACACAGCACCAUGGGGACCCCAACAUAUUCUAUUCCCCUGAGUCCAAUAGUCUAAAAUUAAAAACCCUCAAAAUAUUGGCUGGAACACCACAGGAAUCUAAGAAAAAAGUCAACAGUGGGUCACCAGGAGCCACUAAGAAUCACAGGUCUAUCAAGGGUGUGAGUAAAAGCAAUGGGAAAGCAGCAGUAGGUGAUCCUGGUGGUGCACACAUGCCUGGUUAUAAUGAGGACUCUCAAUCUGCCUUCUUUGAUAAAAAGUGUAAUAACCUGAGUACUUUCGGUAAUAAUGGACCAACACACAAAAAGUUAUAUCGUCACAAAACCAGCACCAAGGCCCUGAGAGAUGAGAAGUGUAAAGGAAAGCGUGUGGAGCGAGAACUGGUCCAAAAGGAUGAGGCUGGGACAGCUUCUUUUGAAAAACUGAGGGAUUCCGACUACAAUCUCCUAAAAGCAGAAACAGCAUUUUGGGUUUUACCUGUAUUUGAAGAAGAGGCUCACAUUUUCCAGAAAGACAUUUGAUGUUUCUAUUUUAUUUCUUUAAAAAUAUACCUUGUGGUAUGUAUGUUGACAUGUAAGUGCUUAAAGAAAAGAAUUUUAAAGUGUGAGAAUAAGUCUUUGAAAGCAAACUUUAAUCUGAUAUUCUUUGUAAAAGACUUUAAAAGUCACACAGUUGCACAAGAAGUUUAUGCACUAUUAACCCAAGGGGAAAAAAGGCAAACAUUGUGCCAAACUACAAACAAGUGACUCUAUUGUAUAUAUUUUUACUUCUGUCGACAUUUGGUUGUGAGUAUUUGGGGAGCUUAUCCCUGUUGAUUUACUAGAAAUAUCCCAGUGAUUCUUGCUAUUAACCACCCCACUUAUGUGGAUAGCACCUAUAGAUCACAGUGGAAACAUAUGUUGUGCUACACAAUUUACCAAAACUUAAAAAUGCUGUUUG